AUGGCUGGUUUGAUGAGAUCUGAAGUUUCAUUUAGGAGACAAGGAUCUUCAGGAUUGGUUUGGGAAGAUAAGUUCUUAUCUGGUGAAUUGAACAAAGUGGGAAAUUAUCGAAGAGAAGAUAGCCAUCAAGUUGAAGAAAAUAAUUCUGCCGGAAUAACGAUAGAGAGAAGCCGAUCCUACGGCGGAGGACGGGGAUUCCGCACCGGAAGAGUGUCUCUGGCGAUAGAGCCGCCGUCUCCUAAGGUUUCUGCAUGUGGGUUUUGCAGUGCUUUUAGUAAACAAGACAAAACUCGCCGGCGACCACCCAAGUCAGGUAAGCGUAGGAUGUGA